UCUCGCCGUCUCCAGUACAAACACAACAUGGCGUCAGCAGAGACCCAGCCGCGGUUCGGCCAGUCUGUCAAAGGCUUACUCUCCGACAAGGUGGGCUCCUGUAGCGGGGAUGUGAUCGCGCUGACCCGCCAAGUGCUAAAGGGAUCCCGCAGUCAGGAGCUUCUGGGACAAGCAGCAAGGAAUAUGGUGAUCCAGGAGGACGCUAUCCUUCACUCUGAGGAUAGUCUGAGAAAAAUGUCCAUAAUUACGACACAUCUACAAUACCAGCAGGAGGCCAUCCAGAAGAAUGUAGAGCACUCAAAAAACCUGCAGGACCAGCUGAGACACCUUCUGAAGUGAUGCCACUAACACCAAGCCUCUACAAUGUAAGGGCCUGGGAACAUUUUUUAUUAAAUAAUGUCAAAUGUUUUAAAUCAAUUGUAUUAAGUUAAUGUAUUAAAUUCUUUGUUUGUGUCAUCUUGUCUAACGUAACGGCGCCCUGUAAAUCAGACUGCAUACAGCUGAGGGAGCUAAUGGUAAAGGGACACAUUGUUCUCAGUGGAGUCAGAGACCUUACCAGUGCAUAACUUCUGUAAUACUACAUAUAUGUAUAUAUAUAUAUAUAUAUAUAUAUAUGUAGUAUUACAGAAGUUAGUGAUUGAUGCUAUUUUAACAUGCACAGCCUCAGACCACAGAUUAGGAAAGACUGUAAUCACAGAUUAAAGUAUUGCGGGGGCACUGUUCAGACCCAGCAGUGUUACAGAAUAUGACAGGUGGAAGGUCAUAAUUCAAAGAAGUUUUCUCCACAAAGCUGAGCCCUGGACAGUUAUCGGCAGCCUGAGGGCCGAACAGCUGCUUGGCCCUGACUCUGUCCCUGAGGCUCUCCCUGCUGCACAUGGCCCCCACUGGCCCUCAGCCCCUCAGCAUACCCCUGUUUGUAGAUCGUUCUGGAAAUGUUAUACAUUCAUCAGGAUGCUGUAUCUUAAGAAGGGAUGCAGCUCUGAGAGAAACAUGACUGUGUGACAUAUUUGUGGGCCAUGGAGAGGAUAAACUAUACUGAGGGCAUGAUUUAGCUAUUCAUAUGAAUUCAUUCUUACUUCAAUCUUUCCUAUGUUGGUUUUUCAUUCCCAGUUAUUUCAGGAUGGUUCAGGUUUUGAUGAGGUGGCAAUGAAUGUGCCCCGCCAGCUAAUAAUCCCCCUAAUGUAGGAAUACUGCUCUCUGCACACACACUAGUGUCAUCACACUAUGACUAUGACACCCUUUAAACUGGGGUUUUUCAUUUUUUGGAAGUGUUUCCUUGUACGACGUGAGGGUCUAAGGACAGAGGGUGUCGUAUUGUCAUACUGAUAUUCUGUACAAACUGAAGUCCACUGAGACAAAUGUAACAUUUGUGAUAUUGGGCUAUAUAAAUAAACAUUGAUUGAUCACACUGUGUGUGCCUGACGUGUGAGACAUUUUCAUGAUUCUUUGAAUGGCUUUACAAAUAAAGUUAUUAUGGUGA